AUGGAAACUGAACAGAACAAUAGCCUGAGCUUCCUUGACAUCGAUAUCGCCCGAAAGGCAGAUAGAACUAUGUCACGAUCGAUCUAUCGUAAAACACCUUGGACAGAUGAUGACGAUGAUCAUGAUCAUGACCAUGAUUAUGAUGAUGACGAUGAUGACGAUGAUGAUGAUGAUGAUGAUGAUGAUGAUGAUGAUGAUGAUGAUGAAUGGGUGUAUAUAGCUCGGGAGGCGGAUUGGUCGACCUUAGUUGCAAUGUUCAUUCACGCUGCUGGUUUAACCUCUAUCGCACACAAACACAAACCACUUUUACUCAGCAACUUUGAGGAAAGACAUUCCGUGGAAUACGAAUUGACUGAUCACUCGUCUCUGAGAUGCAUUCCGCUAGUUGUUGACCGAUAUCUGAGGGAAACACCAUGA